AUGGUUAUUACUGCUUUAGAAGCCCAGCAACAGCCAUUAUUGAAACCAUUAUUGGACCCACCUCCGUAUCAAAAUAAGGUAGUCUUGUGUCCGCCUGUCUCGAGAUUGGAAGAUGUGGUAUCUCCCCCGACAGCUCCUAAAAAUCCAUCAGGAGAUGUCAAGACCACCACAAAGCCAUAUCAAUGCAUGGAGUGUGGAAAGGGCUUUACUUAUAGAAGUCAUCUUAAUGCCCACAAAAGCAGCCAUGCAGGAGAGAAGCCAUAUAAAUGUGUGGAAUGUGGAAAGGGCUUUAUAUGGAAUUCUGCUCUUAGCACCCAUACAAGAAUCCACACAGGAGAGAAACCAUAUCAAUGCAUUGAGUGUGGUAAGAGCUAUACUUGUAGCAGUAGUUUUCAUCACAAGAGGAUCCACACAAGAGAAAGACCUUAUAAAUGCAUGGAGUGUGGAAAGAGCUUUGCUCGUUGUCAUGGUCUUAAUUACCACAAGAGGAGCCACACAGAAUCGAAGUCAUAUAAAUGUUUGCAGUGUGGAGAGGACUUUAGAAAGAGUUGUGAUCUCACGUCCCAUAAAAGGAUUUAUACGGGAGAAAAAACCAUAUGAAUUCAUGGAGUGGAGCUUUUUAA